CAAAGGGGAAAUUGUUUCCAGAAUUCCCAAUAAGUUUCUCUUUUUUAAAACCUUAAGUGCUGUACUAGCCCUGUUUGGAGAAGGAGAACCAUUUUAUUCAUUGAGACAGAUGCUCAGAAAGGAGAAAAUCUGACCAUGUGGAUAGACCCAGCAGCAGCUCUGCUUUUUUUUUUUUUUUUAAACCUCUGCUAUAAAGAGGGUUACAGUUGGUGCUGCUUUUUGCCCAUUUCAGGAUUCAGAGUUUGCAUUAUAAUCUAGGAGAUACGGAAAUCUCUUCAAGGGAGCUUAAUCCAGUGACUUGCUGUGUGUUAUGCAAUGGGAACCAGAAGAUGCCUUGCUGUUUGGUGAGGAGAUGAAAACCUAGGCAAAGACACACAUCAAAACUCAGUAACGGUGCCUUACAGAGCAACAGUGGAAGAGACUGCAAUCUAGAGAGUUUUGAAAUUAGGCCAAAUGACAUAGGAUGAAGGCUGUUCGUAAUUUGCUGAUUUAUAUAUUUUCCACCUAUCUACUGGUUAUGUUUGGAUUUAAUGCUGCCCAAGACUUCUGGUGUUCCACGUUGGUGAAGGGGGUCAUUUAUGGAUCGUAUUCUGUAAGUGAAAUGUUUCCUAAAAACUUCACAAACUGCACUUGGACGCUGGAAAAUCCAGAUCCAACCAAAUAUAGUAUUUACCUGAAAUUUUCCAAAAAGGACUUCAGCUGCUCCAACUUUUCCCUCUUGGCUUAUCAGUUUGAUCAUUUUUCUCAUGAAAAAAUAAAGGAUCUUUUAAAAAAUAACCAUUCUAUAAUGCAGCUCUGCAAUUCCAAGAAUGCUUUUGUAUUUCUGCAGUAUGAUAAGAAUUUUAUUCAGAUACGUCGUGUCUAUCCUAUCAACCUCCCAGGAUUACACAAAAAAGAAGAAGACCAAAAAUCCUUCUUUGAGUUUUUGGUGUUGAACAAGGUGAGCCCAAGCCAGUUUGGGUGCCAUGUGUUAUGCACUUGGUUGGAGAGCUGCUUGAAAUCCGAAAAUGGGAGAACCGAGUCCUGUGGGAUCAUGUAUACAAAAUGCACCUGCCCUCAGCAUUUGGGAGAGUGGGGAAUAGACGACCAGUCCCUGGUGUUGCUCAAUAACGUGGUGCUGCCCCUCAACGAGCAAACGGAAGGCUGCCUGACCCAGGAGCUGCAAACCACCCAGGUCUGCAAUCUCACCAGAGAAGCCAAGCGGCCGCCAAAAGAAGAAUUUGGAAUGAUGGGAGAUCAUACAAUUAAAAGUCAGCGACCUCGAUCUGUUCAUGAGAAAAGGGUCCCUCAGGAACAAGCUGAUGCUGCUAAAUUUAUGGCACAAACUGGUGUUAUGGGAUUUAGAGAGUAUAAUGCAGGUGAAUCUGGUGUUGAAGAGUGGGCCCAGUGGAGUACGUGUUCAGUUACUUGUGGUCAAGGGUCGCAGGUGCGAACCAGAACUUGUGUAUCACCUUAUGGGACACACUGCAGCGGCCCUUUAAGAGAAUCAAGGGUUUGCAAUAACACUGCCCUCUGUCCAGUACAUGGCGUUUGGGAGGAAUGGUCACCUUGGAGUUUGUGUUCAUUCACAUGUGGUCGAGGCCAAAGAACUAGGACAAGGUCAUGUAUACCUCCCCAGUAUGGGGGAAGAUCAUGUGAUGGACCUGAAACACAACACAAACCUUGCAAUAUUGCACUCUGCCCUGUGGACGGACAGUGGCAGGAGUGGAGCUCGUGGAGCCAGUGCUCGGUGACCUGCUCCAAUGGCACCCAGCAGCGAAGCAGGCAGUGCACGGCGGCGGCCCACGGCGGCUCUGAGUGCCGAGGGCCCUGGGCCGAGAGCCGGGAGUGCUACAACCCCGAGUGCACCGCGAAUGGCCAGUGGAACCAGUGGGGCCAUUGGAGUGGCUGUUCCAAAUCCUGUGAUGGUGGCUGGGAGAGGCGGAUAAGGAUCUGUCAAGGUGCUGCUGUGACUGGGCAACAGUGUGAAGGAACUGGAGAGGAAGUUAGACGGUGCAGUGAACAGAGGUGUCCUGCACCUUAUGAAAUAUGUCCUGAAGACUAUUUGAUGUCAAUGGUGUGGAAAAGGACUGCAGCUGGGGACACGGCAUUCAAUCGAUGCCCUCUCAAUGCCACGGGCACCACUAGCAGACGCUGCUCUCUCAGUGUUCAUGGAGUGGCCUUUUGGGAACAUCCAAGCUUUGCUAGAUGCAUAUCAAACGAGUACAGACACUUGCAGCAUUCAAUUAAAGAGCAUCUUGCCAAGGGUCAGAGGACGUUGGCUGGUGAUGGCAUGUCCCAAGUAACCAAAACACUAUUGGAUUUAACACAGAGGAAAAAUUUUUAUGCUGGGGACCUUCUAAUUUCUGUGGAAAUUCUCAGAAAUGUUACGGACACAUUUAAAAGAGCAAGUUAUAUCCCUGCGUCUGAUGGGGUGCAGAACUUCUUUCAAAUCAUUAGUAAUCUCUUAGAUGAAGAAAACAAAGAGAAGUGGGAAGAUGCGCAACAGAUCUAUCCAGGCUCAGUGGAGUUAAUGCAGGUGAUUGAAGAUUUUAUACACAUUGUUGGAAUGGGAAUGAUGGACUUUCAGAAUUCAUACCUAAUGACUGGAAAUGUAGUGGCUAGCAUUCAGAAGCUUCCUGCUGCAUCUGUUUUAACUGACAUCAAUUUCCCCAUGAAAGGAAGAAAAGGAAUGGUUGAUUGGGCACGAAACUCAGAGGACAGGGUUGUCAUUCCAAAAAAUAUCUUCACUCCUAUGUCAACAGAACUAGAUGAAUCAACUGUAUUUGUACUUGGAGCAGUGCUAUACAAAAAUUUAGAACUCAUUUUGCCCACUUUGAGGAAUUUUACAGUUGUUAACUCAAAAAUCAUUGUUGUUACUAUACGACCUGAGCCUAAAACUACAGAUUCUUUCCUGGAGAUAGAACUGGCUCAUCUGUCUAAUGGCACAUUGAAUCCCUACUGUGUGCUGUGGGAUGAUUCAAGAAUGAACGACUCUUUGGGAACCUGGUCCACCCAGGGAUGUAAAACUGUGCUUACCGAUGCAUCCCAUACGAAAUGCUUAUGUGAUCGUCUCUCUACCUUCGCCAUUUUGGCUCAGCAACCUAGAGAAAUAAUCAUGGAAUCAUCUGGUACACCCUCAGUGACCUUAAUAGUAGGCAGUGGUCUUUCCUGCUUGGCCUUGAUCACUCUAGCAGUUGUCUAUGCAGCGUUAUGGAGGUACAUCAGAUCUGAGAGGUCCAUAAUUCUAAUCAAUUUCUGCCUGUCAAUUAUCUCAUCAAAUAUCCUUAUCCUGGUUGGACAAACUCAGACACAUAACAAGGGCAUCUGCACCACAACCACCGCAUUUUUACACUUCUUCUUCUUAGCUUCAUUCUGUUGGGUUUUGACAGAAGCGUGGCAGUCAUAUAUGGCUGUUACUGGAAAAAUUAGGACACGGCUCAUAAGGAAGCGUUUCUUGUGCCUUGGAUGGGGACUGCCAGCAUUAGUGGUUGCAAUAUCAAUAGGCUUUACCAAGACAAAAGGAUAUGGAACAGCUCACUACUGCUGGCUGUCUCUGGAAGGAGGGCUACUUUAUGCUUUCGUUGGACCUGCAGCUGCUGUUGUCUUGGUCAACAUGGUGAUUGGCAUUUUGGUAUUUAAUAAACUUGUUUCCAGAGAUGGAAUCCUAGAUAAAAAACUCAAACACAGAGCGGGUCAGAUGAGUGAGCCUCAUAGCGGUUUGACGCUCAAAUGUGCCAAGUGUGGAGUAGUUUCAACAACAGCUUUGUCAGCCACCACCGCCAGUAAUGCCAUGGCAUCCCUUUGGAGCUCCUGUGUGGUGUUGCCACUUCUAGCACUGACUUGGAUGUCUGCAGUUCUGGCCAUGACAGACAAAAGAUCAAUAUUAUUUCAGAUACUUUUUGCAGUAUUUGAUUCAUUACAAGGCUUUGUUAUUGUCAUGGUCCAUUGUAUUCUCCGAAGGGAGGUUCAAGAUGCAUUCAGAUGUCGACUAAGAAAUUGCCAAGAUCCAAUCAAUGCAGAUUCUUCAAGUUCUUUUCCUAAUGGACAUGCUCAAAUCAUGACUGAUUUUGAGAAGGAUGUGGACAUUGCUUGUCGGUCAGUUCUGCAUAAAGACAUUGGACCUUGCAGAGCAGCCACUAUAACAGGAACACUUUCUAGAAUUUCACUAAAUGAUGAAGAAGAGGAAAAGGGACCAAGCCCUGAAGGAAUGAGCUAUUCAACCUUGCCUGGAAACAUCAUCUCCAAAGUCAUCAUCCAGCAACCAACAGGUCUCCACAUGCCUAUGAGUAUGAGUGAACUGGCCAAUCAGUGCUUGAAAAAAGACAACAGUGAGCUGCGGAGGACUGUGUAUUUAUGCACUGAUGAUAAUUUGAGAGGUGCGGAUAUGGACAUAGUCCAUCCUCAAGAACGAAUGAUAGAAAGCGACUAUAUAGUCAUGCCCCGGGGCUCAGUAAAUACACAGCCAUCACUGAAAGAUGAAAGCAAAAUGAAUAUAGGCAUGGAUACCUUGCCUCAUGAAAGGCUGUUGCACUACAAAGUUAAUCCAGAGUUCAAUAUGAAUCCCUCUGUAAUGGACCAAUUUAAUAUCAAUUUAGACCAGCAUCUUCCCACCCAAGAACAUAUGCAGAAUUUGCCAUUUGAGCCCCGCACAGCAGUGAAGAAUUUCAUUGCCUCAGAGCUGGAUGACAAUGCAGGAUUAUCAAGAAGCGAAACUGGAUCCACAAUAUCAAUGAGCUCUUUAGAGAAGUGUUUAUACCUAGAAAACAAGACUAAAGUUUCAGAGCCAGUCUGUAUGAAACAAUAUAGUUCUGGAGAUUUAACAUUCCACACGACUGCCGAGGAUUUCGUGACCUACCAGAGAAGAAAAUCACGUUAUUCGGACCUUGACUUUGAAAAGGUCAUGCAUACAAGAAAGAGGCAUAUGGAAUUGUUUCAAGAGUUAAAUCAGAAAUUUCAGACUCUGGACAGAUUUCGGGAUGUACCAAAAUCAGGCAGUAUGGAGAACUCAGGACCGAGCAAGGCUCCAUGGGACAGUUUCAAAACCACAGGUGACUACCAACACUAUACAACGAUAAAUGUAUUAGACACAGAGGCAAAAGAUGCUUUAGAACUCAGACCAGCAGAAUGGGAGAAGUGUCUGAACUUGCCUUUAGACGUGCAAGAAGGUGACUUUCAAACAGAAGUUUAACAAAAGCAAACUGAACAAAACAGAAACAAAGUAAAAAUAAUUCAUUGCACUGACAGUAAAAAGACUUCAGGAAUCCUGACGAUCCUGACACUCCUGUCUGAACACUGCAACUCCUUUAUGUCAGGCUCUUCCUGUGCCAAAUGUCAGUGGUUUUUUCGUACAGUAUAUUCCCACUAGUGUGGCUAGUGGAGAACCAGGUGUACAAUUCUUACCAUCGUGUGUUGUAAGUACCCGUGGAAUGGAUUUGUAAGGUAAUCUUUAUAGAUAAACCUCAAGCAACGAUUCAUGUUGUAACAGCUUCAUUUGGUUUAGUUUUCAAAAAACUUCACCAUGAAGCACAAUGUAUAUAUUUAUGCAGUUUUUAAAGUUUAUAACAGUCUGUUUGGCCAUUACUACACUUUUUACUUUAUAAUAUAAAAGCAAAGUUUUUGUCAUUAAAUGAAUGUCUGUUGAGCUACAUUCUUCAUUGCUUUAAAUGCAAUAAAGUAAUAAUCUCACUUUUAUAUGAAUAAUAUAUUUCACAUCUUUAUUAUUGCAGUUUUCUCUGGAAAGCUCAGAAUAGCUUUCUCUGCUGCAGCUGUGUAUAAAAUAUUUAAAAUGUUGUAUGGUGUAAAUAAACCUUUGUCUACA